CCUUGCUUUUGCUGAGCCAUGGAACCCACGGAACCUGACCUACAACUCGUGCCAGAGGCGACAAAGGAAGCCCCCGUCCCUGCUCCACACGCCAGCUGCUCUCCAACGGCUGUCACCGCAGCGGUGGCCAUCAGUGUGGCCACCCUCACCCUGGGAGUCCUUCUGGCCUUCCUCUCUGCGCAGGGGGUCCACGUGGAGCACACGGCACAGCUACGCGGAAUCCGUUUCGCCAGCUCCCUGCAGCAGGAGACCUCUGCCUACUACCGCCUGCUAACGCCUGCUCUGCAAACACUGUUUGUGAGUAGUUUCCAGAAAACAGAGUUAGAAUCCAGCUGCACUGGCUGCACAGUGCUUAGUUAUAGGGAUGGGAACUCCAGCGUCUUUGUGCAUUUCCGGCUGCACUUUCUGCUCCGAGCCCUCCAGCCGCUGAGCCUGGACCGAGAGGAAGCCAUCUUACGGGAAGGGAUCCAGGCAAGGCUGCGGGGACACGGUCUUGCCUUGGCUGCCUACGGCACCAUUGUAUCAGUGGAGCUGACAGGAAGGUGUGGAGGUCCAGUGACCGCGUCGGACUUAAAGUCAGGCCGCUGCCCCGGGAACGCCUUCUCCUGUGACGACAGUCAGUGCGUGAGCAAAGAGAACCCGGAGUGUGACGAGCAGGUGGACUGCAAAGAUGGCUCUGAUGAGGCUCAGUGUGACUGUGGCUGGCAGCCUGCUUGGAGGUCGGCGGGCAGGAUCGUGGGCGGCAUGGAGGCGGCUCCAGGGGAGUUCCCCUGGCAGGUCAGCCUCCGUGAGAAUCAUGAACACUUCUGUGGCGCCACCAUCAUCGGGGCCCGGUGGCUGGUGUCUGCUGCCCACUGCUUCAACGAAUUCCAGGACCCCGCGCAGUGGGCGGCCCAGGCGGGCAGCGUGCACCUGAGCGGCGCGGAGGCCAGCGCGGUGCGCGCGCGCGUGCUCCGCAUCUCCAAGCAUCCGGCCUACGACGCGGACACGGCGGACUUCGAUGUGGCGGUGCUGGAGCUGGCGCGCCCGCUGCCCUUCGGCCGCUACGUGCAGCCCGCCUGCCUCCCCGCGGCCACGCACGUCUUCCCGCCGCGCAAGAAGUGCCUCAUCUCGGGCUGGGGCUACCUGCGGGAGGACUUCCUGGUGAAGCCGGAGGUCCUGCAGAAGGCCACGGUGGAGCUGCUGGACCAGAGCCUGUGCGCCAGCCUGUACGGGCCCUCGCUGACCGACAGGAUGGUGUGCGCUGGCUACCUGGACGGGAAGGUGGACUCCUGCCAGGGCGACUCGGGGGGCCCGCUGGUCUGCGAGGAGCCGUCGGGGAGGUUCUUCCUGGCUGGGAUCGUGAGCUGGGGCAUCGGCUGCGCCGAGGCGCGGCGCCCAGGGGUCUACGCCCGCGUCACCCGACUUCGGGACUGGAUCGCCGAGGUGACCGGCUCGGCCGGCGCGCCGGAGGUCCCCGCCGUGGUGGCCCCCUUCCCCCCCAGCACUCCCCGGCCCACCGGCACCUCCGCCACACCCACCGGCGCACUCAGCACCGCCCCGCUGCACCCCAGCACCGCCAGGCCACCAGAGUGCGGCGCCAGGCCCGCAAUGGACAAGCCCACUCGGAUUGUGGGGGGGCUCAGCGCCCUGUCUGGGGAGGUGCCCUGGCAGGCCAGCCUGAAGGAAGGAUCCAGACACUUCUGCGGAGCCACCGUGGUGGGUGACCGCUGGCUGCUGUCCGCCGCUCACUGUUUCAACCACACCAGGGCGGAGCAGGUGCAGGCGCACCUGGGCACUGCGUCCCUGCUGGGCGUCGGCGGGAGCCCCGUGAAGCUGGGGCUGCGCAGUGUGGUCCUGCACCCCCGCUACAACCCCGGCAUCCUGGACUUUGACGUGGCCUUGCUGGAGUUGGCCCGGCCGCUGGUCUUCAACAAGUACAUCCAGCCCGUCUGCCUCCCGCUGCCCAUCCAUAAGUUCCCCGUGGGCCGGAAGUGCAUGAUCUCCGGCUGGGGCAACACGCAAGAGGGAAAUGCCAGCAAGCCCGACAUCCUGCAGAAGGCGUCCGUGGGCAUCAUGGAGCAGAAGAUGUGCGCGGCCCUCUACAACUUCUCCCUCACCGACCGCAUGCUCUGCGCCGGCUUCCUGGAGGGCAGAGUGGACUCCUGCCAGGGUGACUCUGGCGGCCCGCUGGCAUGUGAGGAGACCCCUGGAGUCUUUUACCUGGCAGGCAUCGUGAGCUGGGGCAUUGGCUGUGCCCAGGCUAAGAAGCCUGGCGUCUACGCUCGAAUCACACGUCUCAAAGACUGGAUCCUGAAGGCCAUGUCCUCCGGCCCCAGCUCCACUCUCCACCCCCACACCUCCAGCACGCGGCUUGUCCCCAGCCAGCCCCCCAAAACCACAGCUGCCGGCCUCAGCCUCCAAGAGGCCACAACCAGCAGACCUGCUACCCCCAGGGCCACCAGCAGGGUGACCGCUGGACCACUCAACACCACACUGUCCGCCCAGAGUACCUCCACCAGGGCGCGCACGCCAGCUCCGGACGGCCCGGGCACCACCGUGCAUGCCCAGCUGCCAGACUGCGGCCUGGCGCCCCCGGGGGCCCUGACCCGGAUCGUGGGCGGCAGCGCGGCCUCGCGUGGGGAGUGGCCAUGGCAAGUGAGCCUGUGGCUGCGGCGCAAGGAGCACCGCUGUGGGGCAGUACUGGUGGCUGAGAGGUGGCUUCUGUCUGCAGCACACUGCUUCGACAUCUAUGGGGACCCCAUGCAGUGGGCGGCCUUCCUGGGCACCCCGUUCCUGAGCGGCUCCGAGGGCCAGCUGGAGCGCGUGGCGCGCAUCUACCGCCACCCCUUCUACAACCUCUACACCCUGGACUACGACGUGGCUCUGCUGGAGCUGGCGGGGCCCGUGCGCCGCAGCCGCCUGGUACGACCCAUCUGUUUGCCCGGGCCCGCGCGGACCCCCGACGGCGCGCGCUGCGUCAUCACCGGCUGGGGCUCGCUGCGCGAGGGAGGCUCCAUGGUGAGGCAGCUGCAGAAGGCGGCGGUGCGGGUCCUCAGCGAGCAGACGUGUCGGCGCUUCUACCCCGUGCAGAUCAGCAGCCGCAUGCUGUGCGCCGGCUUUCCGCAGGGCGGCGUGGACAGCUGCUCGGGCGACGCAGGGGGACCCCUGGCCUGCAGGGAGCCGUCUGGCCAGUGGGUGCUAACCGGGGUCACCAGCUGGGGCUAUGGCUGUGGCAGGCCCCACUUCCCAGGCGUCUACACGCGCGUGGCUGCUGUGCUGGGAUGGAUAGGUCAGAACAUCCAGGAAUGACUGCCCUGUGGCCCGGACUAGGAGGAGAGCUGCUGGCCACCUCCCCCAGCAUGGAGGGAGCUGGUGACAUGGAGGUGUGGGGGUCUGA